AUGGCGGCCUCCAAUUCUAAAGAAAUGCUCGUCGGUGCACUCUGCCGAGUUGCGUCUGUCUCAUCUAAACUGGAGAACUUUUUGAGUGCCCAGCCUGAUGUAGCCUCUACUUUCAAGUCCACCACCAAACAGUUGUAUGACUUUGUCAAGGAAAGUGAAAACAAAACUAACCCCUUAAAGGGACCACUGGCCGAGCUGAUCGUGUCCAACUUUGAUGACGAACAAAUCUGGCAGGAAGUUGAACUACAAAAUGAUCCCUUACUGAAAAGACUGGUGAAAGAUGUCGCCAGAAUCAAAAAGAGGAAAGGUGAAACCCUUUCCCUCUUACCUGAGCCGCAAUCAUCAAGUGAAGAAGAGGAAGUUAAAGAAGAUGAUUUAAAUGAGUUUGAAGACAAAGAAGAUGAGAGAACUUUAGAAGAUGAGAACGAUAAUGAUGAUGAAUCAGGCUCUGAUCUUGACUUUGACAUUGAUGCAUUCGAGGCCAAAACUAAGCAGAAAAGAUCGGCCGCACAAGCCACCCAGCCCAGAACAACAGCAAAGAAGAAAAGGAAGACAGAGGUGGACGACAAGUUCUUCAGCCUGGCAGACAUGGAGGAGUUUUUGGUCCAGGAGGAUGAGAGAGAGGAGAGGAGGAGGGAUGAGGAGGAGGGUAGGAACCAGUCAGAUGAUGAUGAUGAUGAUGAGUCUGUGGACAUGUAUGCAGAUGAUGAUGAUGAUGAGGAGGAAGGGAGAGAAGCCAAGUAUACAGACUUCUUUGACCCACCAGAGGAAGAAGAAGUGUCAGCCUCCGUGUCUGGGAAACAGUCUUCAGGCCGCAGGAGUGUGAGGUUUGAAGAUGAGCUGGGAGAUGGGCAUGCUCAGGAGGAGGAGGAGGAGGAGGAGGCUGAAGAGGAGGGAGGUGACUAUGACUUUGAAGACGUCCCAGAAGAAGAGGUUCAGUUUAAGAAGGCUGUUAAGAUGCAGUCCUCAGGUCCCAGUGACCUGUUGGCAGACAGUGACAGUGAGGGAGAAGAUGCACAGGAGAUCUUGGGUGGGAAAGGCACACAGGUCAAGUCCAACUUUGAGAGGAGGCAGGAAAAGCUGAAGCAGACCAUCUCCCAGCUGGAAGAGGCCAACCUGGCGGAGAAGCCGUGGCAGCUGGUCGGAGAGGUCAAAGGUGGGUCGCGCCCGGAGAACAGCCUGCUGGAGGAAGUCCUGUCGUUCGACCAGACCACGACACAAACUCCAGUCAUCACGGAGGAGACCACCAUGGAGCUGGAGGACAUCAUCAAACAGAGGAUAAAGGACCAGGCCUGGGAUGAUGUAGAGAGGAAAGUGAAGCCUGUAGAAGAGGUGUUUGAGUACAAGAAGAGAGUUGUCCUGGACCAGGAGAAGAGCAAGGCCAGUCUGGCACAGGUGUAUGAGAAGGAGUACCUCAAACAGACACAGGAUGAGAAGAAAGAAGAGGAGAACCCUCAGCACCAGGAGAUCAGGACCAUGAUGGACAGUCUGUUUGUUAAACUGGACUCCCUGUCAAACUUCCACUUCACUCCAAAACCUCCUGCCCCAGAGGUUAAGAUUGUGUCUAACCUCCCGUCCAUCAUACAUGAGGAAGUGGCCCCCACCAGUGUUAGCGAUGCUGCUCUUCUGGCUCCAGAAGAAGUCAAGGAGAAAAGUAAAUCAGCUGGUCAGGAGAAGGGUUCCCAGGAAAAGUCGGCGACGGACCGCAAACGUGAGCGGAGACAGAAGAAGAUGGAGAAGAGGAGGAGACUUCAGGAGAAGGAGAAGAAACACAGGCUGGUGGAGAAACUCAACCCUGGACUGGGCAACAAGUACGCCAAGAAACGUGCCAUGGAGGAGUUAGAGAAGCAGAGCAGACGGGGAGGGAAGACCAAGAUUAUCAAGGAUGAAGGCAAGUCACAACCCCUGAAGUCUUCCAAGGCCUUCUUCACACAGCUGCAGGAAGAAGUCUCAGAAGAAGUCAAGAAAGCGAGGGGCUCCAAGAACAAGAAGAAGAAGAAAGACACAUCAGCAUCUAAACUCAAGUUAUAGAAAAAGGCUACAUUUUAUUGUGACAAACAAGGAGGCAUUGAAAGCAUGAAGAUUUUUUUUCACAUAUACAAAUGUGUUUGUAACAGCAAUGAAAACGUCCAUGAAUAAUUUCAUCAAGAGCUGACAUUUUGAUGACUGUCUGCCAUCUUCACCAGGACAAUAAAUGAAGGCAUUUACCAGUCAUAACUGCCCUGAUGUCAUUGAAACAUCAGCUCUUGUUGAUGAAGUGGUUGUGAAUAAAGAACUUUGCUGUUCAGGAAUGAAAACAGUUAGUCGUCAAUAUUUGUAGAAUAUCAUCUUUAUCAUUCUAUUCACGAUAUGGAAAAUAGCUGUAAGAAUGCAUAUUCAUCACUGAAAUUAAUCAAAACAAGAUUCAUUUCUUAAAAAUUGACAGAUCUAUUCUUAUGCUGACAUUGUGUAAAACAUUCCCCAUGUAUUGCACAUUCUUGUAAGAAAACAUUGAGAUAAACAAAUCUUUGUUCAUUUCUGUUGUUAGCAUACAAUUUGUAAUAAAAUGAUUACAGAAUCGCA